AAAAAAUCAGCCACGUCACGUCACGGGGCUGUUUAUUAAACGCUGAGAAACUUCAACGGGUGACCCUGUCAACAGUAUAUAAGGCCGAGGGUAGUCAGCUGUUAACUGGCCACAUUGUACCAUCCGUGCUCCAGAUGAACCGAGCGAGGAGCGGCGCGCCGGGCUCUAGGACCCGGGGGGAAUGCGUGUGCUGGGUGCCGCUGCCUGUCACCCUUCUCUGCAGUGUCUCGAUGCAUUAGAUUCAGGGGAAGAAACUCUGAUCAGCUGCAUCUGGACCGUCUCACUCAUCCAGGACAAUAGAAAGCACACACGCAGCAGCCAAGAGACUCUAUCCUUCUAGCGACCUUAAAGAACGACACCACAUACUGCAAUAAAGACAAUUGCAUGACGGCAGAUCAGAUUUCCACGAGCAUCAAUGAUAUGUGGUAUUCUGAUCUGGAAAAAAAAUAACAGACGAGGCAGCCAUGAGUGGGCAAAGAUGAUCUAAGAUUAUCAGAGGCCAUCUACCCAGCCAACAGGGUCAUCCGCCCGCACAGCGUCUACAGCUCCACGGGCAUUCUCAGGGAACCAGCCAACCUCCACUCAGCACCAGGACCUGGACGCAACUAUGAAGGACCUGUUUGGAUGACUUCCGUUCCUCCUGAAAGUGUCCUUCUUGCAGUGAUGUCCCUCAACACCCUGGGUUGCCUUCCUCAGGGACUGAGAACUCCAGAGAAGCACUGAGCAUCACCCCUGGCUGGAAGGAGGAUGGGUGAUGGAUCUGUGAGCCUCAGUGUUGCAUCGCUGCCUUCGCCACGCCGAUGGAGCUUCCAGCUUCGAACGCGCCGUGGGCCGUCGGGAACGCCUCCGAGCCGGACUUGUAUCUCCAGACCUCCCAGCAGCUCUCGGCACGCCCUGGCAACUCCUCCCUGCCCUCCCAGGAAGGCAGCGUGGUCUCCCAGUCCAUAGCUCUCUUCUUCAUGCUGCUCGUCGACCUCGUGGCCGUGGUGGGCAACAUCGCCGUGAUGACCGUCAUCGCCAAGACCCCGCAGCUGAGGAAGUUUGUCUUCGUGUUCCACUUGUGCCUGGUGGACCUCGUGGCUGCGCUGAUUCUGAUGCCCCUGGGGAUGCUCUCCAGCUCCUCUCUGUUUGAUCGAGCCUUCUUCAGCGAGGCCCUGUGCAGGGGCUACCUCUUUCUGAGCGUCUGCUUCAUCAGCGUGGUCAUCCUCUCCAUCUCCGCCAUCAACAUCGAGCGCUACUACUACGUCGUCCACCCCAUGCGCUAUGAGGUCAAGAUGACCGUCAGCCUGGUGGUCUCGGUGCUGGUCUGCGUCUGGAUCAAAGCCAUCGUGAUGUCCGUAGUCCCUCUGCUCGGCUGGAGCUCCCAAGGAUCCUUGCAGGUCAAUGGGCAUUGCUCACUGCAGUGGAGUGGAGGGAACCGAAAGCUCUUUAUCGUGUUUUUCAGCCUCUUCUAUUUCCUCUGCCCGGUUUUCAUUAUCUUGGUGGUGUACUGCAGCAUGUUCAAAGUAGCCAGGGUGGCUGCCAUGCACCAUGGCCCUCUCCCGACGUGGAUGGACACUCCCCGUCAGAGAUCCGAGUCCCUCAGUAGCAGGUCGACCAUGGUCACCGGCUCUGAGGCGGCAAGGACCACCCCGCAGCGGGCGUUUGGAGGGGGCAAGGCAGCUGUGAUCCUGGUAGCCGUGGGAGGCCAGUUCCUCUUCUGCUGGCUGCCCUACUUCUCCUUCCACCUCUACUCCGCCCUGGCCACGGCUGAGCCCGCUUCGGCUGCCCAGCUGGAGAGCGUCGUCACCUGGAUCGGCUUCUUCUGCUUCACCUCUAACCCGUUCUUCUACGGCUGCCUGAAUCGGCAGAUCCGCGGGGAGCUCAGCAAGCUCCUCACCUGCUUCUUCAAGCGCUCCCCGGAGGAGGACAGGCUGCCCAGCAGGGAAGCCUCCAUCGAGGAGAACUUCCUCCAGUUUCUGCAAGGCACCGGCUGCAACCUGGAGAACGGCAACCCCAACAGCACCUCCAGCCCCAAGCGGGACCCUCAGCAGCAGCAGAUUCCCAUUGAUUUCAGGAUACCAGGACAGAUAGUGGAGGAGACCUCAGAGUUCAUGGAUCAGCACCCUCUCAACAGUGAUGUAACCAUAUCGGACAACUGCAUAAGAACCAUGCCUUCUGCUAAAGCAGAGGUGUAACACUAAUAAUAAUAAUAAUAAUAAUAAUAUAAUAAUAAUAAUAAUAAUUA